CUUUGUUGGUACAUUGUCCCUCUCUUCUCUGCCCUUUACAUUCCCUCUCUGCACCCUCUCCUUACACCCACACACACACGCACACAAACGCAACUCUCUUUUGCAAACACUUGGCCAAAAAAGAGAAAAAAAUGUCAGAGAAAGUCUUCCCUUCUUCAAAACCAGCAACCAAUGGCACCGCCACUGCUAACACCACCACCACCGCAAGCAACCCACCAAACGCCACAGCAAACAAAUCCCACCUAUACAACCCUACUUCCCGCCUACCUUACCGUCCACAACCUCACACCCGUCGCCAUCGUAGCCGUAGUGGACGAAACAUCUGCUGUUGUUGCUGUUUCUGGACAAUCCUCACCAUCCUCUUGCUCCUCCUCCUCGCUGCCAUUGCUGGUACUGCUCUUUACAUCCUUUACCGACCUCACCGCCCUACCUUCACCAUCACCUCCCUACGCAUCCACCGUCUUAAUCUCACCACCUCUGCUGACUCCUCCAUUUCCCACCUCUCCACUCUUCUUAACCUCACUAUCAUCUCCGAGAACCCCAAUUCACAUAUCUCACUAGACUAUGAACCCUUCACGGUCUCUGCAUUAUCUGAUGGCAAUGGUGUGUUUCUUGGUAAUGGUUCUUUGCCUGCUUUCAGUUUGAGUAAAAAGAAUCAGACAAGUUUUAGAAAUGUUGUGGUUUCUGGGUCGAACGAUCUUGACGUCGAUGCACUAAAUUCUUUGAGAUCGGAUCUGAAGAAGAAGAAAAGUGCAGAUGGAUCAGUCAUGUUGAAGAUUGAGAUGGAUACAAGGGUGAAAAUGAAGGUGGGUGGAUUAAAGACGAAGGAAGUCGGAAUUAGAGUUACUUGUGAUGGGAUUAAAGGGUCUAUACCGAAAGGUAAAACACCAACAGUUGCUGUUACUACCAAGUCUAAGUGUAAGGUUGAUCUAAGAAUCAAGAUCUGGAGGUGGACCUUCUGAAGUUUUUCAUUCCUCUUUUUUAUGUUUUUGUUUUUGUUUUUCCCUUUCCUUUUUCUUUCUGGUUUUAUAUUUUUUUUGUGGUUUGUAAACUUUCUGAGAAGCAAGAAAGUGCAAAUUAUGGAUUGAGAAAAAAAAAAAGGAUAGAAAAUGUGAGUAGGUGAAUGAGAGUGAAAAAAGGUGUUGAAAUUAAGAAUUCUUGAAAAAUAUUGAAUAUAUUUUGGUGAUUCAAAGUUAA